AUGGCUGUUGCUUUGCCCAAAAGCAAACCAACUCCAACUGGAGUUAUAAAUGUUUUUAAUUAUGAAUUAAGAACCUUUGUUGAUCCUGUGUUCAGAACUGUCAGGAGGCUAGCAUACCACCAGAAGGCAAUCUUAGAUAACCUCUUAUUUGCUUUUCAGGAAAGAAACAGUGGUAUCAUGUUCCCAACUUUGUUCGCUUUAGCUGAGGAAGUCCAUGAAAAUGCUAGACCACAGCAUGAAGAAGUUCCGCAUAGUGCUGUUAAAAAUGAAAAAAUUCACUACCUGGAAGAUCCAGAAAGUGCUAGAAUUCCUAUCAAAGGAUUAAAAGAAACAGAUUGCUACCUUGCAAGGCCUUUGGAGGAAUGCCGAAUGGCUUCUUAUGAAGAAAGGAGUGCCGCUUUCAAAGCUGCAGAGCAGCUUCAAGAGAGUCUGCAAUCUGAAAAUCCAUCUUUUGUCAAAUCGAUGGUUCGGUCUCAUGUCUAUAGCUGUUUUUGGUUGGGUCUUCCUUCUAAUUUCUGUGAGACUCAUCUCCCACAAUCACCGGACUCUAAACUGAUACUAGAGGAUGAAGAUGGAAAUGAAUAUGAUGCUAAAUACAUUGCCAAGAGGACUGGUCUUAGUGGUGGUUGGAGAGGUUUUGCAUUGGAACACAAGUUGGACGAUGGUGAUGCACUUGUGUUUGAAUUGGUUGAACCCACAAGGUUUAAGAUCUACAUAGUUAAGGUGACAAAUCAAGAACAUUGCAAGAAGGACAAAGUGAAGAGUGCUGGAAAGCCAUCAAAGGCAGCCAAGAAGCCUGACCAAGACACUAACAAAAAACAAAGGUCAAAGAAAGCUACCACUGCUGAAAUAAUCAACAUGAAAACACCCCCAGAGCUUCUACCAGAGAGCCCAAAAAGUGAAGUUGUACUACCAUAUAGACUCAGGAAGAGAGCAUAGGGUGAACUGUAACUAGGAAAGCUUCACAAGUUUUGGCAUCCCCUGAAAUCGAUCAGAACAUGAUCAGAAUAUGGUGAUA